AAAAAGCUAAAAGUGGUAACAAGUGUUGAAGGUGGAAGCUAUGGUGGCUAUGAAACACUAGUUGCGCUCACAUUCACUCCGGAAGAGUUCGUCUGUGGUGUGGACAUUGAUGGUCCGUCGAAUUUGGUCACCUUUCUAGAGACGAUCCCGCCAUACUGGGAACGCAAAGCGUUUGUUCGAAGAUUGGGAAGCGAUCUCGAUGAUGAGGCCGGCCGUCAAUCGCUCAUCGCUCGUUCGCCGCUGUUUUUGGCUGAUCGCGUGAAGAAGCCCCUGCUGAUUAUCCAAGGAGCCAACGAUCCUCGCGUGAAGCAACGAGAAUCUGAUCAGUUCGUGGACAUACUACGAAAGAAGAACAUUCCUGUGACCUAUGUGCUUUAUCCCGAUGAAGGACAUGGCAUUACAAAGGUCAACAAUGUGUUGGCGCAAUAUGGUUUCAUCGAAAAGUUCUUGCAUAAGUGCCUUGGAGGACGCUAUGAACCUUACUACCAAGGACAAUACAACUCAUCAGCAGUUGUGAGCUUUUGA